UUUAAAAUGAUUCGCGCAGUAAUUUUCACAAAAAUUCCUACUUUCGGUUUAGGCUUCUGGGAAAUGAUCUAUUUUAAGCUGUUAUAAAUUGCACAUGGUAUACAUGUAGCGUUUAAUGGACUUAAGAGGGUUUAGCAGACGAGUUUGAGCUAUAAUAUUUAAGAAUGAGUCGGGCAGCUCUUCCGGGCAGUCGGGGGAAGGAAAAGGACAGGUCUAAUACGCGUGACCGAAGUUCUAAAGGGGAACCGAAAGUUGAUCCGGUAUUUGAAAGCACAGACGGACCGACAAUUCAAGUUGGAGAGUUUAGCGCUGAUGAAGAAAAUCCAGAAGAGGAGCUAUACCAGAGGAUUGUGAGAGAGCGAAAUAAAGCCAGAUCAUCAAAGAAUAAUGAUUCUCAAGUAAAAGGUAAACCGGGUGAACGUGUACGUGAACGUGUACGACGUCCAACUGAAGAAAGAGAUGAGAAUGAAGACAGAAACAAAUCGGUAAAAAAGACAGUUUCUCAACAAUCACAGCAAAUGAAUUUUUACCACCAAUUUUUGUAA